CUCCCUGGCCUGGCUUCGACUUUCCUGUAAAUGGUUGGUGCGGUGUCCGCCCUCAUGGCUUUGUCCAGCCAUCCCCUCUCCAGAGACCCAUUCCUCACUGUCCACCAGAGUCUGCAGUGCCAUCCUGUUGGCAGGGUUGUCCUCAGCAUCCUCUCGGCUCCCUGCCUGGCAGCAUGCCUCCCCAGGGGUCUCAGCCUCCCCUCGGGUCUGCCACCAGCGGGGUGCCCAUACUGCCUUCCUCCAGGGGACCCUGGCUAUAGGCCCCCAGAACCUCAGCAUGGCCCAGGGCUUUCAAGGGUGUGGCCAUGUGCAUGACUGCUGUGUGCUUGUUUGACCUAUUACAUGUAUGUAAUAGGUUGCAUGUGUAUGCACGUGUGUUCUUGUAGUACCUGUUGUGUGCGCACUUGCACUGAUGGUCACGUGAGUGUGCUUGUUUGAUAGGUUGUGUGUACGCACCAUUCCUGGACAUGCAGGUCUGAGUCACCCUCCCGGGAGGCCAAGCUGACCAGUCCCCACCCCCUCCUAGCAGACAGCAGAGCUGCAGCCUGUCCUGCUGGCCCUGGCUGACCUCCAGGCUGCUCGGAGGCGGGUUUCUCUGAGCCUCGGGUGGUGUCAGCACCAAGGCACCCCAGUCCCUCCUGCUGCAAGGCCGAGAACUGCCCUGUCACAUCCUGGCUGCCCCCGGGUCCCCGUGUGCCCAGAUAGAUUAGGCUGUCACAACCAGGCGUGCUCACAGCAGAGUCCACCCAGUUCAGUCCUGAGCCCUUGGGACUUAGGUGACAAGCUCUGGUCUCUAAACAUGGCCUCCUGCCCAGGAGGGACCCAUCUCCUGCAUGGGGCAGAGGAGGGCGGGCACGUGGGCAUCACUCCUUUCCGGACCUCACAUCUCCGUCUCCUGGGGCCAUGAGGGACCAUGCGGGUGCAGGCGCCUCACCAGAGGAACUGGGGUGCCCUGGACAGAGGCUGGUUCACUUUGUCUCUGAUCUGGGGGAUGCUGUCUGCCAGCCCGGAAGGGCCAGCGCCCCCACCAUGACACGGCAGGAUGUCCAUCCAGCUCAAGUACAGGAAGUGGCUACUCUGCCUCCAGAGGCUUCGGGGCUAGCACAGGGCGGGGGUGGGCGACCUCCCGACUGCCGCUUGCUCCCGGAGAGGCACCUCCUCCCAGGGCUAACCCCAGCCUGUGCUGGGCCCCUUUGAGGUUAUCUUGCUUCCUGACCCGCUCCUGACCCCCACCCGAGGCGCUCAGGAAACGGGGGUUGGGGCCCCACAGCAGGAAGCCGGGAGCGCAGUGGGCAGCUGAGCAGGGCGCCAUGCGCGCCAUCCAGCCACUGCUGUGGACACUGCUGCUGGGGCUCAGCCUGGGCGCUGCCCCCAGGACACCCAGCACCUAUGAUGAGAGCGAGAACACAGGCGGAGGGGAGGAGGAGAUGGGGAGGAGGAAGAGAGCCCAGAGCCGGGAUGGGGGCACCCUCCGCCCAGGCCUAGAAGGUAGAGGGGAGGGUCUGGCCGGACGGGGACUCUGGCCUGUCAGCAGCUCUGUCCCCCCAGAUGGUACCCGGGGGCCCUGGACCCUGUUCUCCGAGACACCCCCGCGGCCACGCAGCUUCCCAGGCCAACCAUGGGCCAACGACACUGACACCCUGGAGCUCUCUGACCGCUCCCGGGCGCUGCUGCUAGGCUGGGUGCCCACGCGCCUGGUGCCUGCGCUCUACGCACUGGUGCUGGCCGUGGGGCUCCCGACCAAUGGCCUGGCGCUGUGGGUGCUGGCCACACGCGUGCCGCGGAUGCCCUCCACGCUGCUGCUCAUGAACCUGGCGGCCGCAGACCUCCUACUGGCCCUGGCGCUGCCACCGCGCGUGGCCUACCACCUGCGCGGCCAGCGCUGGCCCUUCGGGGAGGCGGCGUGCCGCCUGGCCACGGCGGCACUCUACGGCCACAUGUACGGCGCCCUGCUACUGCUGGCGGCUGUGAGCCUGGACCGCUACCUGGCCGUGGUGCACCCGCUGCGAGCGCGCGCGCUGCGAGGCGGCCGUCUGGCCGCAGGCCUGUGCGCGGCAGCCUGGCUGCUGGCCGGCGCCCUGGCGCUGCCCCUGCUCCUGCAGCGGCAGACCUUCCGGCUGGCGGGCACCGACCACGUGCUGUGCCACGACGCGCUGCCUCUGGGCGCGCAGGCCUCGCACUGGCGGCCGGCUUUCGUCUGCCUGGCGGUGCUGGGGUGCUUCGUGCCGCUGCUGGCCAUCGCGAGUGCCUACGGCGCGUCCCUGCGCGCGCUAGCCGCGGCCGGCAGGGGUCGCUACGGGCCGGCGCGCAGGCUGAGCGCGCUGGUGCUGGCAGCCGCACUGCUCUUCUUCGCGCCCAGCAACGUGCUGCUGCUGCUGCACUACUCUGACCCCGCGCCGCGCGCCUGGGGCGACCUCUAUGCUGCCUACGUGCCCUGCCUGGCGCUCAGCGCCCUCAACAGCUGCGUGGACCCCUUCCUCUACUACUACGUGUCAGCCGAGUUCAGGGCUCGGGUGCGAGAGGGGCUGCGGCGCCUCCCUACCGCCUCCUCGAGCCUCAGCUGCACGUCGCCGGACUGGGCAGCGCCCUGGACCCGGAGCUCAUCGCUCCCGUGAGCGCCCUGAGGCGAGCGCGCGACCCCCACCCCCACGCCCCGGAAGCUGCCUCUGAAAGGGGCGUCUCUGUGAGUUCCCUGGCCAGCCGGCUCAGGGCAGAGGCACUCUACAAGGCCAGGGGAGAUCCCUCCACGUCCUCCACCCUGCCUACGGUCACCGACUCUGCAUCCAGCUCCAUCAGCCUCCAAGGAGAUCCGGGUCUGGGCCCACCGCGCCCUGCUCCUGACAGCCUGGCACAAGGCAUCUCAUGCCCGGGGAGGUCCGGCUCCUCUCCUUACUGACGCUGAGCCCCGCCUCUCGGCUCAGGUGGGCAGAGCUCAGCGGGGAGCACAGGGCGGGGGUGGGGGCAGCACAGCAAGGUGGAGUCUGCUUUGGUGGAUCUGUGGAGAAGAAUGCUGCCCCCAGACGUCCUCUGCACACUUGAACUGUCCCAUAUUCAUGCACGCACACACAUGUCCAGGGGCUACCGGCUUUGCAGUGGCCUUGGAUGCCCCGUGGGCAGGGCCUCUGCUUUCCAUGGUCUUACAUCUCGGCAGUCAGCAGGCCAGGGUGCAGAGGGCCCCGGCACACUAGCCGAAGGAUGAGCGCUUGGCUCUCACAGCUGCAAGAGCCACUGAGAGGAAGAGGAUGGUAAAGGUCAGACCCCCGGCUCAUGGGACAAGACUGAGGGGUGCCCCGCAGCCUCUGGCCCAUGGAGGAGGCAAGUCAGCAAGGUUUCAUAUUGUGGGGGCCCUCGGGAACCAGGCGCCCCACCUAGCCCUCUGCAUAGCUCAGGGAACCCGGGGCAGGACCAGCCCCCAGCCCUGGUGUUGGCCCCUCACAGCCCCUGGCCCUGUGCGGUCCCCGGUGAGGACAGUUGUGACCAGAUACCAAGCAGAGACAUGGGCCCCGGCCUGGGCUGAGGGGAGUGCAGUGGGCAAGUGGGCUCUCCACGGGGCCUGGGUUUCAGGCUCACCGAUGCUUGGUCCCCACACCCACUGGGGUGACCCCCAGCACCAGGCCUGGGUACCCCUGAACACCAGAUGUGGCCCUAAAACAAUCUCCCAUAUUGGCCCUAAUUCAAGCAUUAAAAAAAAAAACACAUUGUGUUACAUUAAAAAUCAUGUCAUACUACUUACACAUAAUUCCAUACUUAAAUAAUUACAUAUAAUAAUCAUCUGUGACUAUUUUAUAAUUGCUUUGUGUGAUACAGUAGUACAUGUGAUUGUAUCAUGAUUUAUAAUUAUGUCACAUUAGAAGAAAUCAUUCAUAUACAAAACAUACAUAAUGGCAUGUGCUAUAAUUAAAAUCAUAUAUAAUUGCAUUUAAGUGCUUCCUAUUUAAUUAUGUAAUUGGGUCUAUUAUAGGUAAAUAAACACACGUGCAAAGCUGA